CACCUGUUUCUUAAUACAAGACAAGUUCUUAUUAUGUUGUGUAGCUGCUGGCGUAGAGGUCCUCACACCUUACAAUCUGCAAGGAAGAGGAACAGCUCAGGCCAGCAUGAACUCAAGAACAGUGCACUACUCCAACAUAUGGACCGAUGAUGCCUGCUGCUCCAUAAAGAGACGGUAUGUGCACAAAGAUGGCAGCUGCAAUAUAGUGUUCCGCCACGUGCCAGAAGGAUUUAUUUUAUAUGUAACAGACAUCUUUACCACAUUGGUGGAGAUACGCUGGAGAGUCAUGUUCUUGACCUUUGCCCUCUCGUAUAUCCUGUCCUGGCUUUUUUUUGGGACCCUGUUCUGGAUUAUCGCACUGAUCCAUGGUGACAUGAAGGACCCAAACAACGAGCCAUGUGUUUAUGAGGUGAGAAGCUUUACAGCGGCCUUCCUCUUCUCUCUUGAGACACAAACUACCAUUGGAUAUGGCUCACGUGGCAUGUCUGAGAACUGCAUGCUGGCCAUCAUUACCGUGACCAUCCAGGACGUCAUCAGUGUCUUCAUCGACACAUUUGUUAUUGGUAUUGUUGUGGCCAAAAUGGCAUCAGCCCGUAAAAGAGCACAGACGGUGGGAUUUAGCAAUACUGCUGUAAUUAACCUUCGUAAUGGGCAUUUGUGCUUGUCAUGGAGAAUGGGUGACUUUCGUAGAAACCAUAUGGUGGAAGGAAUCACGCAUGCCCAGCUGGUCAGGCACACUGUGCACACAACUGGAAAAGCUGACAUAAACUUUAAUGACCUUAAAAUUCAAAAUAGUCAUGUAAUUCUGGCCACUCCAGUAACAGUCAUCCACCAAAUUAAUUCCAGCAGUCCUCUGUAUAAAAUGAGACUGCAGGAGCUGCGCAGAGAAAGCUUUGACCUGGUGGUGACUUUCACCUACACUGAUGACUGCAGUGGGAUUCUACACCAGUCACGCACAUCUUACAGUCCCAAUGAAAUCUUGUGGGGUCAACAGUUUCAAGAGAUGGUGAGAGUUAACAAGAAGUCCUACAGAGUGGACUAUGCAGUUUUUCACCAAACAGUUAAAGUCCCACUGAUGGAAAGCAGUGCUGAAGACUAUGAACUAAACACGCAUUCUACAAGCUGUAUACAAGAAGCACAAACAGGUUGUUCUCUGGCAGUGGAGAGUGAGGACAUCCUAAAUCAAAACCAUACCAGAGUUUCUAUUCAACAAUCAAAACUAUAAACGAUUGAAUCUAUAGAACCUUAUAGUAUGUAUGGUAAAAAAAUUAAUGCGUAAAGCUGCAUUAUAUUGCCAAAAGUAUUCGCUUACCUGCUUUUACAUGCAUAUAAACCUAAAUAACAACUAAUUCUUAAUCCAAAGGGUUCAAUAUGAUG